AUGUCUAAACUGCUUACCUUUGUGACUGUGGCUAUUAUUGCUGCCCAACAAGCAGCUGCUGUCCCUGUUUGGGGCCAAUGUGACGGUAUUAACUACGGUGGCAGCAAAGUUUGCGAUGCUGGCACAACUUGUGUCUAUAUCAACGAUUGGUAUUCCCAAUGCCAGCCCGGAGGCUCUAACAAUCCCACUACGACCACAAGGGUUGUACCCACCACCACCAGCAGUAGCUCGCAAACUACGCCCACCUCUAACCCGGGAACCGGCCUUCACGGCAAGUUUGUCGCUCGUGGCAAAAAAUUCUGGGGUACUUGCGCGGACUCUGCCUUGUUGAACAAUGCGGCCAACGCUGCUGUUAUCAGAGCUGAGUUUGGACAGCUUACACCAGAAAACUCUAUGAAGUGGGAUUCGAUUGAACCUUCACGUGGAUCAUUCUCCUUCAGCGGUGCAGAUACCCUCGUUAACUGGGCUGUAUCCAAUGGAAAGCUCAUCCGUGGUCACACCCUUGUCUGGCAUUCGCAGCUGCCAAAUUGGGUCGAGCAGAUCAAUGAUAGGAACACCUUGUGGGACGUCGUUAAUGAAAUCCUCAAUGAAGACGGUUCUCUCCGCUCCAGCGUGUUCUCCAGGGUCCUCGGAGAGUCCUUCGUUACCAUUGCUUUCAAUGCUGCGCGUGCCGCGGACAGCACAGCCAAGCUUUUCAUCAACGACUAUAAUCUUGACUCCAACAACGCCAAAACCCAGGGAAUGGUUAGCCUAGUGAGACGCAUCAAUGCGUCUGGCAGAAUCAUUGAUGGCAUUGGCACACAAAUGCAUCUCAGCGCCAAUGGAGCCGGAGGAGCUCAGGCUGCUCUCACUGCCCUUGCAAGCACCGGACUUCCUGUCGAAAUCACUGAGCUCGAUAUUGCUGGCGCCAGCUCCAACGACUACGUGACCGUUCUCAGGGCCUGCUUGAACACAGCUGCUUGCGAGGCCAUCACUUCAUGGGGUGUCAGAGAUACUGACUCUUGGCGCGCCAACACCAACCCGCUCCUCUUUGAUAGCAACUACAGGCCUAAGGCUGCGUACAAUGCGCUCAUUGCUGCUCUGUAA